AUGGUAGCAGACGGAUUCAGUCAGCACCGGAGUGUGAACUCUUUCACCGAUACGUUCUCAACCAAGAGUGGAGAUGACUAUGAUCACUUUUCACGGAUUACUGACAACAGCAGCAGUGCCAAGUCACCGGAGUCGUCACAAGCGGAAAACAAGCGAUUCGAGAAGGAUUUAAAGUCGAGGCAUCGAACUGCUUGCAAGGAAAUGGAUAAUGGAAAAUACAGAUUGGCGAUUCAAUCCUUUGAAGGUAUUCUGGCGGAUUUAUUGACUCGUUAUGAUAUGAACCAUGAACGGAUUGGAACGGCGCUUCACAAUAUUGCAGUGGCCAAUUUACGGGCGAACGAAUUGAGCGAUGCCAAGGAUGCUAUUGAGGAAGCUUUUCGAAUACGAAAGGCUGCCUUGGGUGCCAUGCAUCCAAAAGUCGGAGACUCGUUGGUGGAAUUUGGUAUUAUUCUCAUGGCACUGAAAGAGAAUGAUCGGGCAUUAAAAGUUUUUUUGGAGGCACUGGAAGUCCGGGAAGAGGGAAUGACCAAUGCCAAAGAGUGCCAAGAACGGCACAAGGCACAACUCUACAUGGCCAAGGUCUUGCACAAUCUGGGUUGCGUCUACACGGAGCUGGAUCAAUUAGAUGCCGCACAGGAAACUUACAACAAAGCACUGGAGCAUCAAAAGGCUGCCUUUGGAGAAUGGAAUGGAAACAACUUGAACAGCAAAAGCGACUCGACGAAACCGGGAUUCUUGACCAUGGCAUCGACCAUUUGCAAUUUGGCUUACAUUGAACUGGAGCGUGGCAAUCAUGAUAGAGCCAUUGCCUUUUUGAAUGACUCGUUGGAAAUUCAAAAAGUAUUGUUAGAGGCAGACAACAAACUAAUUCUGACGACCAUGCAAAACAUUGCCUACGUCUACUGCCUGCAGUCCAAAUACGCAAACGCCAAGAAUGUUUACAUGGAUGUCGCCAAACUCCAACAAGAAUCUUACGUAGCACAUGCCAAACGAGGAUGGAAUGCUUCCAUCAAGAGUUUGAUAUAUUGUCAACUCCGAGACUUUGAUUUUGAAUCUGCCUUUGACAACCUCCGCAAGUUGGAGGACGUUUUGAGUACGCAAGCUCAAAUUGAGAGUGCCCCAACGAGCCGCGAUUUGCAAACGACGCAUGAACUAAUGGGCGAAGUCAACUUUCAAUUGGCCCGUUUGCCUUCCAUCACGGAAUAUACCCAACGCUUGCUGGUGGGACAAGGAUGUGGACUUUGUGCCGAUGCGUGUCAACCCGGUGAAUUCCGCGAUGUGAUUGAUGCGGAAAGCUGGUUUCCGAAACGCCCAACAAAGGGAAGCAAAAUGACGGGACAUCGAAUGAGUUAUGCCUAA